AAUUACAUUCGGGAGCAUAAAUAUGGACUCAGAUGGGUUGAAAUACAGGCAACGAAAUCAGAGGAUAUGGAAAGGGACCUUGAGGUUGGGCGAGUCAAUUUGGCAAACACGUCAAUUUCCAAGCCUUUCAUUCCUCAUGCAGGACAAAAUGGCCCUGGAUAAAAUGAAAAAUUUGAGUCUGGAUGAUGAUAUGCUCCGAUCUGAAACGGGUGAAGUGCAAGGUAUUCCUGUCACGAAACCAAUAUGCGCCAUAUGGGAUCAAGUGUGGAACUUCAAAGCCAGACCUGAUGAUCUGCUCAUUGCAACAUAUGCAAAAGCAGGUACUACAUGGACACAGGAGAUAGUGGAUAUGAUUGAACAGAAUGGAGACGUUGAGAAGUGUAGACGUGCCAGUACUUACAAACGCCAUCCUUUCCUUGAGUGGUAUAUCCCAGAUUCUUCACCUCUUGGAUACUCAGGCCUGAAGUUAGCUGAAGCAAUGCCUUCUCCACGAACAAUGAAAACUCAUCUCCCUGUGCAGCUGGUGCCUCCCUCCUUCUGGGAACAAAACUGCAAGAUCAUCUAUGUGGCAAGAAAUGCAAAAGACAACCUGGUGUCAUACUACCAUUUCCACAGAAUGAAUAAAGUAUUGCCUGACCCAGGAACCAUUGAGAAGUUCACAGAGAAAUUCAUGAGUGGAGAAGUGCUCUGGGGUUCCUGGUACGACCAUGUAAAAGGAUGGUGGAAGGCAAAAGACAAGCACCGUAUUCUCUACCUCUUCUAUGAAGAUAUGAAGGAGAAUCCAAAGAGAGAAAUUCAGAAGAUUAUGAAGUUUCUGGAGAAGGACUUAGAUGAGGAGGUUCUCAACAAGAUAAUAUAUAAUACCUCAUUUGAGAUAAUGAAAGACAAUCCCAUGGCAAACUACACUAGGGAUUUUGUGGGAGUAAUGGAUCACUCAGUUUCCCCAUUCAUGAGAAAAGGAGCUGUCGGAGACUGGAAGAAUUUUUUCACUGUGGCACUGAAUAAGAAAUUUGAUGAGCAUUAUAAGAAGAAAAUGGCUGAUACCUCUCUAGUUUUUCGCACGGAACAGUGA